AUGCGUUCUUCUACUACAUUGUCCUUUCGUCGGUUCUUAAGUACGCACGUUGCUACUACGGACGUUGUGAUUGCUAGCUACGCACGUACACCCAUUGCAUGUUUUAACGGAUCCUUUACAUCCCUUGAGGCUCCAGACUUGGGUGCGAUUGCUAAUACUGAAGCUGUGAAACGUGCAGGACUUGAACCAGUGGAUAUUCAGGAAGUUAUACUAGGUAACGUUGUAAGCGCUGGGAUUGGUCAAGCACCAGCACGUCAAUCAAUACUGAAGGCAGAUUUUCCAACCUUUAUUCCAUGUACAACAAUUAAUAAAGUCUGUGCAUCUGGCAUGAAAUCAUUGGCACUUGCGUCACAGAGUUUAAGGAGCGGCAGUCAGCAAGUGAUACUGGCUGGAGGGUUUGAAAGUAUGACGAAUGUACCACAUUAUUUACCCAAGGCACGCCAUGGCUAUCGACUGGGCAAUGGUCACGUCCUGGACGGUGUUAUUCAUGAUGGUUUGUGGGAUCCGUACAAUAAUCAACACAUGGGCAUGUGUGGAGAAAAAUGUGCCGAGGAUUUUGGAUUGAGUAGAGAAGAUCAAGAUACAUUUGCUAUGGAGAGUUAUCGUCGUGCAGUGAGUGCAAGUGAGAGAGGGUUUUUUAAGACGGAAAUUACACCAGUACGUAUUGAAGGACGACGUGGCAGUGGUGAAUCCAAGGUGUAUGAGACUGAUGAGGAGAUGUUUAAUAUUAAACUUGAAAAGAUCUCGAGCCUACGAACGGCAUUCAAAAAGAAUGGUACGAUUACGGCUGCAAAUGCAUCCACAUUGAACGACGGGGCAGCUGCAAUGGUUCUUAUGACUAGAGCUAAGGCUCGUGAACUCGGAGUCACUCCCCUUGCGCGUAUUCGUGGCUUUGCUGAUGCAGCACAGGACCCCGUUGAGUUCACCAUUGCGCCUUCGAAGGCUGUGCCAUUGGCGCUGAACCACGCAGGACUGCAGAUGAGUGACGUCGAUUAUCACGAGAUUAAUGAAGCUUUCUCGGUUGUAGCGCUGGCCAACAUGCGCCUCAUGGAUAUCCCGCACGAUCGCGUCAACGUGAACGGUGGCGCUGUUGCUAUCGGCCACCCAAUUGGCAUGUCUGGAACACGCAUUGUGGGCACGCUCAUCCACAUUCUCAAGGAGAAGGAUGCCACUAUUGGCUGUGCUUCCAUCUGCAAUGGCGGUGGUGGCGCUAGUGCGAUGGUUAUUGAGCGCUUGAGCUAG